AUGGAUGAUACAGUAGUUUCUCCAGGAAACAAAAUGGGAGAUUCAGCAUCUGAAAGCGAUUCUAGUUCUCUUGAUGGCGGAGCUAUGCUUCCUCCUAGUACCGUCUCUAGAGAUCAGUUGCAGAAGAGAAUUGAGUCAUUACAACAGCAAAAUAGAGUGUUAAAAGUGGAACUAGACACAUAUAAAUUGCGAGUAAAGGCUCUGCAAGAAGAAAAUCGUGCUUUAAGGCAGGCCUCAGUUUCAAUUCAAGCUAAAGCAGAACAAGAAGAGGAGUAUAUUUCAAACACUUUGUUGAAGAAAAUUCAAGCACUGAAGAAAGAAAAAGAGACUUUGGCCCAUCAUUAUGAAAGGGAAGAGGAAUGUCUUACAAAUGAUCUAUCUCGGAAGUUGAAUCAAUUACGUCAAGAAAAAUGUCGCCUAGAGCUCACAUUGGAGCAAGAGCAAGAAUGUUUGGUUAAUAAACUGAUGCGAAAAAUUGAAAAAUUAGAAGCUGAAACAUUAGCUAAACAAACAAAUUUAGAGAGGCUCCGCAGGGAAAAGGUAGAGCUUGAAAAUACAUUGGAACAAGAGCAGGAGGCUUUAGUUAACAGACUUUGGAAGCGAAUGGAUAAACUUGAGGCUGAAAAACGUUCACUUCAAAUAAGACUUGACCAGCCAGUGUCUGAUCCAGCAAGUCCUAGGGACAUCAGUAAUGGCGACACAGCUUCCAAUUUAAGUAAUCACAUUCAAACACUGCGUUCGGAAGUUGUAAAGUUAAGAAACCAAUUGGCAGUUUCUCAAAAUGAAAACAAAGAAAAAAUGCAUCGUUUUGCUUUAGAAGAGAAAUAUAUUCGAGACGAGAAUCUUCGUUUACAACGGAAACUACAGCAAGAGGUCGAGCGCCGGGAAGCGUUAUGCCGGCAUCUUUCUGAGAGUGAAUCCUCAUUAGAAAUGGAAGAAGAAAGGCAGUUCAAUGAGGCAAUGAGUGCUCGAUCUCGGAGCGUUUCGUCGCCGGGCGGUUCGCGUCCGCUGUCCCCGUACGCUUCGCCCCUCCUGCCCAACGCUUCUGGACUGCCCAUGUCGCGGCCCAAUCUGCACUUCAAUUCGCAGGCGAGGCGGGGCACCAGCGAGCGGUUCGUGAAGCCGGCGGUGCCGCCGGGCGUGCCGCUGCUCGGGCGCGCCGCCCCGCCCGAGCCGGCCGGCGCCCACCCCGCCCCCGCGCCGCCGCCCCCCGCCCUCGCCCAGCCCUCCAGCCCGAUGGACACCUCCACAAAGGAC